GUCAACAUGUGCCAGUUGUCGCUGCUUUUGCUGCUGCUGCUGCUCUCAGCACUUGCAUCUCCCAUUCUGGCCCAACGCGCUGUUGCCUGUGAUGGCAACGUCUUUAAUAAGUGCAAGGAUUACUGCUUCGCCGAUUGCUUGAAGGACGACUUUGGCACUUGCAUGAUGAACUGCGACAAUGGCUGCGGCUGCACCGAUGCAAAGAUAAUACGCAAUAAUGGCGGCUGUCGCCAGCUGAAGCUUUGCACGCUGGUGGACACCAGUGAUGAGGCUGAGCUGCAGACAGUUAUGGCAGAGGCGACAACGCAGCGUGCGCCUGCAUUGAUAAAUGAAAACGGCGAUGAUCACUUGAAUCUUAUUGAGUUUACUACAAUCAAUGCGUUUGCCUAGACUUGUAAUACAACAAUGCAGCUAUG